AUGGACAAUCUUAGAGAAAAAAUAAAAGACUUUAUAAUCUUCCGUGACUUAAGUCAAUUGAACUACGAACAAGUUCGUGACUAUAUAAUGUCAAAAAACUUAUCUGUCGACACGGUGGUAAGAGUUUAUGAGAAAGAUCGAAUUAAAAUUCCUGAUUUAAAAUUAUCACCGCAAAUCAGACCCAAAAAAGAUUUCUUCGAAUAUACUAUUCUUCACUUGGCUCUUUAUGUAUAUGACGACGAAUUCCUGGACUUCCUCCUGGAGAACAAUGCCAACACGGAGCUGAGGACAGAACAUUUGGGACCGGUAAUUUUAUCGGCGAUAAGUUUAAACCGCUUGAAGUACGUGAAGAAAUUAGUAGCAGCUGGUACUGAUGUCAAUCAGAUUAUCUGUGCAAAAGACACAUAUGAGGAAUAUAAUGGUAGGCUUAAUGAUGAAGAUCAUUAUAAUAUUCAUCUUGAUUAUCAUGAAUAUACACCUCUAGAAUUUGCUGUCAAUCAGAAUGCAUAUGAGAUUGCUAAAUAUCUCAUCAGCCAGGGCGCUGAUGUUCAAGAAAGAGAUUUCUAUGGAGAGAUAGGCGACUCGCCGAUGGGUAUCGCUGCUUUGGCAAAUAACGUAGGAAUGUUGAAAUUGCUGAUCAAACAUGGCGCUGAUAUUAAUGGUGGAGACAUCAAUGGCGUGACUCCUCUGAUGAAAGUCGCUUAUGAAGACGAAAGUUCAGAAACUCUUAGGUUUUUGUUAAGUCAACCUUUCAUAGAAAUAAAUUCUCUGACUAAUGACAAAAAAUCUUGUCUCCAUUAUCCAGAGAUUUGGUACGUAAAGAUUACCGUUGAUGAACCUGAGUCUAAUCUUCAAGAUCUUUUGGAUGCAAGUUGUGAUGUCAAUAUUGUAAACAAUCAUGGUGAAUUACCGAUUGAUACCUAUGGAGACAAAGAAAAGUGCCUUGAGAUUAUGAAGAAGCAUAUUGUUAAGCUGAUGGCGGCUGGCUUUUACGUCUGCGCUAGGAAUAAAGAAGUUGUUUCAGGAAGCGAAUUAAGAAACUUUAGAGUUCAAUGUGAUAAAGAAGUUGAAGUCAUGAAGAAUACUCAUGGAAUAAUGGCUGGAUUUUCCUUGUUUGAUAUACUGCACAGAUCUUAUCACAAACUGGCGCUGAGGAUCAAGGAUGGAGAUGAAGAUAAGUUUGACGACAAAAUGGCGUCCAAGUUUUCUCUUUACGCAGGAAUGAUUCAGUAUCGCUUGGAAAAAGCUGGUCAGCGAAGAAAAUUGUUCAAUCAAGUUGAAAAUAUUCUCUAUAAAGUUUUUUCUGGAUAUCUUCCUGCUACUUUUAUUCAUGAAAUGUUUUUUUAUUUUAGUAACUUUGAAUUGAGUAAAUUGGUGGAAAAUAAAUAA